UUGGAAUUUGUUUCAUCUUUUUCCGCCUUUCUCUCCAUCUGCAAUUUCUGAAAUCCCUAAUCACCUAAUCGUAUUUGAUUAACCUGUCAUCUCUUAUUGAUCGUAAUUGUUAAUGGACACUCUAAUUAAUCUCGUCAACAAACUACAGAAAGCAUGCACAGCCCUAGGCGACUUCGGUGAAGAAUCCUCUCUUCCUACUCUCUGGGACGCCUUGCCUACAAUCGCCGUCGUCGGCGGUCAGAGCUCUGGGAAAUCAUCUGUGUUGGAGAGUGUCGUUGGCAAGGAUUUUUUGCCUCGUGGUUCUGGAAUUGUCACUCGGCGUCCUCUUGUUCUACAGCUUCAUAAGAUCGAAGAAGGAAAAGAAUAUGCAGAGUUUGCUCACCUUCCAAGAAAAUGGUUCACUGAUUUUGCUGCUGUGAGAAAGGAGAUUGGUGAUGAAACUGAUAGAGUGACAGGUCGUACCAAACAGAUCUCAUCUGUUCCUAUAUAUCUCAGUAUCUAUUCUCCUAAUGUGGUGAACUUGACCCUCAUUGACCUUCCUGGUUUGACAAAAAUAGCUGUUGAGGGGCAGUCUGAUAGCAUUGUGCAAGAUAUUGAAAACAUGGUGAGGUCCUACAUUGAAAAGCCUAAUUGCAUUAUUCUAGCCGUUUCUCCUGCCAACCAAGAUCUUGCAACAUCUGAUGCUAUCAAAAUUUCUCGUGAAGUGGAUCCUAAAGGGGAGAGAACUUUUGGAGUUUUGACAAAGAUUGACCUUAUGGACAAGGGUACUGAUGCAGUUGAUAUUUUAGAAGGAAGAUCACAUAGGCUUAAGUUUCCAUGGAUUGGUGUUGUGAAUCGAUCUCAAGCUGAUAUUAAUAAAAACAUUGACAUGAUUGCUGCUCGAAGGAAAGAACGUGAAUACUUUUUUAAUUCCCCUGAAUACUCACAUCUUGCUAACAGAAUGGGCUCUGAACAUCUAGGCAAAGUGCUUUCAAGGCAUUUGGAAUCCCUGAUUAAAUCUCGGAUUCCAGGCCUUCAGUCUCUCAUCAACAAAACAAUACUCGACCUCGAAACAGAAUUAAACCGUCUUGGGAAUCCCAUUGCUGCUGAUUCCGGGGGAAAGUUAUAUAUGAUUAUGGAAAUAUGUCGCGCUUUUGAUCAAACAUUCAAAGAACAUCUCGAUGGGAUACGACCAGGUGGCGAGAAAGUGUAUGGCGUAUUUGAGAAUCAACUUCCAUCUGCUUUAAAGAGAUUACAAUUCGACAAACAACUUUCGAUGGAGAAUGUGAGAAAACUAAUCACAGAAGCUGAUGGAUAUCAGCCACAUUUAAUUGCCCCUGAACAAGGAUACCGACGCCUCAUUGAAUCCACCUUAGUCACCAUCAAACUUCCCACCGAAGCAGUUGUUGAUGCUGUUCAUGAUAUACUGAGGGAUCUGGUUCGCAAGUCAAUUAAGGAGACCAAGGAGUUGAAAAAUUAUCCACCGCUUAAAGUGGAAGUUAUGAAUGCAGCUUACGAAUCAUUAGAAAGAAUGAGGAACGAAAGCAAGAGAGCUGCUAUACAGUUAGUUGACAUGGAAUGCAGUUAUCUGACAGUUGAUUUCUUCCGGAACCUUCCGCAAGAUGUUGAAAAGGGCGGAAAUCCAACACAUUCGAUUUAUGAUAGAUAUAACGAUGCUUAUAUUCGUCGCGUUGGAUCAAAUGUUUUGGCGUAUGUGCAUAUGGUGGUUGGGACUUUGAGACACUCGAUACCGAAAUCAGUUGUUUAUUGUCAAGUGCGUGAGGCCAAACGAAGCUUACUUGAUCGAUUUUUCACUGAGUUGGGGGCGAAGGAGGGGAGACAAUUGGGUAAAUUGUUAGAUGAAGAUCCGGAGAUAACGCAAAGGCGUCAAAACACGGUGAAAAGGUUGGAAUUGUAUCGAGCUGCACAAUGUGAGAUUGAUACAGUUGUAUGGGCCAAGUAG